GUGUGUGUGUGUGUCCUACAGGCUCGGAGGAGUCAGUCUGCAUCUGAGCUGCGCAGAGAUGCGACAUGCGGGACGCACCGCACCGCACCGCCUCUGAGUGCGCACCGCUCUCUCUCUCUCCCUCACAAGACAGGUUUUGUUUUUUGGGUUGGUUUGUUCCUCUCCACUAGUGCGUGAAAGGAGAAGGAGAAGGAAAAGGAAGAGGAGAAGGAGAAGGAGAAGGAAGAGGAGAAGGAAGAGGAAGGGAAGCAUGACUUCUGGUCAGGACGAGAGCACGGUGCGCGUUGCGCUCAGGAUUCGUCCUCAGCUGGCCAGGGAGAAGAUAGAAGGAUGUCACAUCUGCACGUACGUGAUGCCCGGGGAGCCUCAGGUGAUCCUGGGCAAAGACAAGUCCUUCACCUACGACUACAUGUUCGACAUGGACUCCCAGCAGGAGGCCAUCUACGCCUCCUGCACGGAGAAGCUGAUCGAGGGCUGCUUCGAGGGCUACAACGCCACCGUGUUUGCAUACGGACAGACGGGUUCAGGGAAGACCUACACCAUGGGUACGGGCUUCGACGUCAACAUCCUGGACGAGGAGCUGGGGAUCAUCCCGCGCGCCGUCCACCACCUCUACAGGGGCAUCGAGGAGCGUCGGACGGCCGCCAAGGAGCAGGGACGCCCCGUGCCCGAGUUCAAGAUCAACGCCCAAUUCCUCGAGCUUUAUAAUGAGGAAGUUCUGGACCUGUUUGACUCCACGCGAGACACGAGGCAGAAAUCUCACAUCAAGAUCCACGAGGACGCCACCGGGGGAAUCUACACAGUGGGAGUGACCACGAGGACCGUGUCCUCCGAGCCCGAGAUGAUGCAGUGCCUGAAGCUUGGGGCUCUGUCUCGCACCACAGCCAGCACCCAGAUGAACGUCCAGAGCUCUCGAUCCCACGCCAUCUUCACCAUCCACCUGUGCCAAGUCCGCGUCUGUGCCUCCGACAAUCAAGAAGGUGAGAGUGACAACAGAGUCUCCAACGGAAACUCCGAGAUGGACGAGUACGAGACGCUGACAGCCAAGUUUCACUUCGUGGAUCUGGCCGGGUCCGAGAGGCUGAAGAGAACCGGAGCGACGGGCGAGCGAGCCAAAGAGGGAAUCUCCAUCAACUGUGGACUGCUCGCUCUGGGGAAUGUAAUCAGUGCUCUGGGUGAUCGCAGCAAGCGCUCCUCUCACGUGCCUUAUAGAGACUCCAAACUCACCCGACUGCUGCAGGACUCUCUGGGAGGAAACAGCCAAACGGUGAUGAUCGCCUGCAUCAGCCCGUCUGACCGCGACUUCAUGGAGACGCUGAACACGCUGAAGUACGCCAACCGAGCCCGGAACAUCAAGAACAAGGUGAUGGUGAACCAGGACAAGGCCAGCCAGCAGAUCAGCGUUCUGAGGACGGAGAUCGCCCGCCUGCAGAUGGAGCUGAUGGAGUACAAGACGGGUAAACGGCUGUCGGGUGAGGACGGCGUGGAGAGCUUCAGCGACAUGUUCCACGAGAACUCCAUGCUGCAGACGGAGAACGGCAACCUGAGGGUGAGGGUGAAGGCCAUGCAGGAGACCAUCGAUGCACAGAGGGCGAGGCUCACACAGCUGCUCAGUGACCAGGCCAACCAGGUCAUCGCCAGGGCAGGUGAAGGUGCAUCUGAGGAAAUUGGAAACAUGAUUCGAGGUUACAUCAAAGAGAUCGAAGACCUGAGAGCCAAACUCCUGGAGAGCGAAGCCGUGAACGAGAACUUGAGGAAGAAUCUGUCUCGCGCCUCCAAUCGUCAGUCGUUGUACGGAGCGCCGUCGAUGCGCCCCGAGAAGGAGACGUCCGACAUCAUCGAGCUCGCCAAGAAAGACCUGGAGAAACUGAAGAAACGAGAGAAAAAGAAAAAGAAAAGCGCCAACAAGGAGGAAGUUCCCGACAACGAGCAGGAGAAAGGCACCGAGAAGGAAAUCACAGAGCGAGUCCACGAGGAAGCAGAUAUUGAGGUCCAGGAAGGCAGCGACCACGAGGAAGGAGAAGAGGAAGAGGAGGAGGAGGAGGAGGAGAUGGACGUGGAGGAGAGCUCAGAUGAUUCGGACUCGGAGGCGGAUGAAAAAGAGAACUUCCAGGCCGACCUCGCCAACAUCACCUGCGAGAUCGCCAUCAAGCAGAAGCUGAUCGACGAGCUGGAGAACAGCCAGCGGCGUCUGCACACGCUCAAGCAGCAGUACGAGCAGAAGCUGAUGAUGCUGCAGUGCAAGAUCAAGGACACCCAGCUGGAGAGGGACCGAGUGCUCCAGAACAUGAAUACAGUCGAAACCGGCACGGACGACAAGUCGCGCAAGAUCAAGGCCGAGUACGAGAAGAAGCUGAGCGUCAUGAACAAGGAGCUCCAGAAGCUCCAGUCGGCGCAGAAGGAGCACGCCCGCCUGCUGAAGAACCAGUCGCAGUACGAGAGGCAGCUGAAGAAGCUCCAGAUGGACGUGGCGGAAAUGAAGAAGACGAAGGUCCGCCUCAUGAAGCAGAUGAAGGAGCAGCAGGAGAAGAACAGGAUGAACGAGUCUCGCAGAAACCGAGAAAUAGCGUCGUUAAAGAAAGACCAGCGCAAGCAAGAGCACCAACUAAAGUUACUGGAGGCUCAGAAAAGGCAGCAGGAGCUCAUUCUGAGGAGGAAAACCGAGGAGGUGACGGCUCUGAGGAGGCAGGCCAGGCCCACCUCGGGUAAGGUCAUCAGGAAAGAUCCGAUGCAGGACUCCACCUACAGACCUCCAUCUGGACGCUUGUACUCCUCCGGCAACGUCGCUCCCAACGGCACUGUGUCUUCCUACAGACGCACAGUAGGUAUUUACUCCACCAGAAUCGCUCGCAAUAAGUGGCAGUCUCUGGAGCGCCGGAUCACCGACGUCAUCAUGCAGAGGAUGACCAUCUCCAACAUGGAGGCCGACAUGAACCGCCUCCUCAAGCAACGAGAGGAGCUGACCAAGCGUAAAGAGAAGGUCAUCAGGAAGAGGGACCGUCUGUUCAGGGAGGGACCAGAGGCAGAGAAGGCAGCGAUUCCCCUCAACGAGGAAGUGGACGCUCUGACGGCCAACAUCGACUACAUCAAUGACAGCAUCGCAGAAUGUCAGGCCAACAUCAUGCAGAUGGAGGAGACCAAGGAGGAAGGCGACACAGUGGACAUUUCUGCUGUGGUUAGUUCCUGUACGCUGACGGAAGCUCGUUUUCUGUUGGAUCACUUCAUGUCCAUGGCCAUCAACAAGGGUCUCCAGGCGGCCCAGAAGGAGUCCCAGGUGAAGGUGAUGGAGGGCCGGCUGAAGCAGACGGAGAUCACCAGCGCCACGCAGAACCAGCUGCUCUUCCACAUGCUGAAGGAGAAGGCCGAGUUCAACCCGGAGCUGGACGCUCUGCUGGGGAACGCGCUGCAAGAAAACGGAGACGAUAGCAGCAGUGAUGAGUCUGCUCAGAGCCCGUCUGCAGAGGGAAACACCAUGACAUCAGAUCUCAUGAAACUCUGUGGAGAGACCAAAACCAGAAAUAAGGCUCGUAGGAGGACCACCACUCAGAUGGAGCUGCUGUACGCAAACAGUGACUCCGCCCCCGACGCUCCCACCGCAGACUUCUCCGGUCCGCUGCUGCUGCCGUUGGCUGAAACUCCGGACGUGGGAGGAGACGUGGACUUGUCAGGCUCAUCAGUCAGGGACUACACAGCUCUCUCCCCCGGCUUUUCCUCUAAAAUGGGCAGCAUUUCUGGCUCCAGAACUUCGUCGGGGCUGGAGAAGCGAGCUCCGGAGCCCUCACCGCUGUCUCGCAGGAAGACCUUCGACAAGGCAGCGGCCGACAGGGCAAAGGUCAAGGAGAUUAAACACGCAGUCAUCAGGAACCCGAGGACGAGCCCGCCACUUCCUCUCUCCCCCGCCGCUCGUCCCAGUAACCACCUCGCCGUGUUUAGCCGUGUGGCAGGGUAUCUGGGGCGUUCUGCAAACGUCCUGCAGGAUAAGACGAACGGAUGCCUCCACCUGUCCUCCAACCACUCCCUCCGUUCGGUUUCCCCUCCUCUCUCCGGUCCACCCAAGGGCGUCAUUAACCCGGUGCCGGCCACUAAAAGCAGUCGUUCGGCGACGUUGCAGUGCGUCCACGUGGCGGAGGGACACAGUAAAGCCGUUCUCUGCGUCGACUGCACCGACGACCUUCUCUUCACGGGAUCCAAAGACCGGACCUGUAAGGUGUGGAACCUGGUGACGGGUCAGGAGAUAAUGUCCCUGGCCGGUCACCCCAACAACGUGGUGUCGGUCCGCUACAGCUCCAGUCUGGUCUUCACCGUCUCCACCUCCUACAUCAAAGUCUGGGACAUCCGGGACUCGGCCAAGUGCAUCCGAGCGCUGACGUCCUCUGGUCAGGUUAACGUCGGGGACGUCUGUGCGUCAAACACCAGCCGGACGGUCACCAUCCCAGCAGGAGAGAACCAGAUCAACCAGAUCGCUCUCAACCCCAACGGGAUGGUUCUGUACGCCGCCGCCGGAAACUCCGUGAGAGUCUGGGAUCUGAGAAGAUUUGCAUCCACGGGGAAACUUACCGGGCACCUCGGUCCCGUGAUGUGUCUGACUGUGGAUCAGUCUGCAAACAGCCAAGACCUGGUGAUCACCGGGUCCAAGGACCACUACAUCAAGCUGUUCGACGUGGCUGAGGGCUCUCUGGGGAGCAUCGGCCCCACACACAACUUCGAGCCGCCCCAUUACGACGGCAUCGAGUCCCUGGUGGUCCAGGGGGACAUUUUAUUCAGCGGCUCUCGAGACAACGGCAUCAAGAAGUGGGACCUGGACCGCAAAGACCUGCUGCAGCAAGUCCCGAACGCCCACCGGGACUGGGUUUGUGCUCUGGGUGUCGUCCCCGGGUCGCCGGCCCUGCUGAGCGGCUGCAGAGGAGGGGUGCUCAAGCUGUGGCACACGGACACGCUGGGGACUCUGGGGGAAGUGAAGGGCCACGAGAGUCCCAUCAACGGCAUCUCCACCAACAGCAGCCACCUGUUCACCGCCUCCGAUGACCGGACGGUGAAGAUCUGGCGUGCCCGUGGAGGUCUGGACAGCACUUUAGAGUCGGUUGACAAUGCGGACGAGGUGGCCAGUAUCUGAAUCACCCAUGAAGGACACUAACAGGCCUCUUAAGAUGCUGCUGCCGUGCACUUUGACCCCUAAGCUGACCCCUAAAAACACCUUCACCUGCAAUGUAACCUUUAUGACUGAGCCAACAGGAACGUAGUCUCAUCCCAACAGGAAACAUGCACAAUCAUUCUUCUCUCUGACUCUCAGAGGGUCGAGCUAAUCACUUCUAAUUCAGCGUAUUGUUAACAACUCUUUGCAGGAUGAACCCGUGUGGACGAUGCGUCACCGCGGAUCAUGAUUAGAAUUUGCACUAAUUUUAAUUAAGAGUUGAACACGACAAAACGCACUAAUUCUCUAACGAUAUCUCUGUAGCUCUGCUAGGACAAAACUAAGGACGUAGAGUGUUGGAGGAGGAAAGUGUGGCAGAGCUAACGGUUGGUAGCUGGUCUUCCCAACCCCAGUUCUCCAGUUUCUUGGGAUAGUUUUGAUUGUUUGAUUCCCACGUUCCUCCCCUCCCCCCCCAAAACCCAAAUAACAAAAGUGGCUUUACUGUAUGUGAAAAAGACAAAUCACUCUUCCCUUUAACGUCAUCUUCUGCUUUUGUGCGCCAAAAUCUCUGCAGCUGUUCAAGAUCAGCAACCAAAAUUGUGCUAACACGUCGUCUUUGCUGUCCUGCACUCGUGAAUAGAACUCACUGUAAAGCAAUGUUUGUUUGGCAUUUUGGGAAAUACGAUUGUUGUUGCCACAUCCAGAGGCUGGUUAGCUUAGCUUAGCUUAGCUUAGCUUAGCAUUAAGACUGGAAACGGGGGAGUCAACACAUCUUCCAGCCCCUCCAGAGCUCAUCUAUCAACACCUUGUGUCUUGUUUGUUUAAUCUGUACAAAAUCCAAAGGGUAAAAAUGACAUUUGCUGGUUUUAAAGGGGGCUUUGUGUGCCAGACUGUUUUGUGACAGUAACUUUUUUUCUCCCAGUUCUAUUUUAAAUUGUAUUUUGGAUUUUGUAUGGAUUUAGGGGUGACAACGAGGUGGAUAGGGUUAAAAAUGAACUAUUAGAAAUCGCCUUUGAACUUUCACCAGUUGUGCUGGCAUUGAGGCCUAAUUUUUUGAAUUAGAAGUUUUCUGAAAUGUUACGUUUAAAUAUGCAAAUGAGGCAUGUUAUUUAAUAUGUGCUAAUUUUCUUGGAUUUCCAAAAUUGGCUGACAAAUGAGCCAGGUUUGAAGCCUUGUUUCAUUAUUUUGAGCACUGACAUUUAGAUUUUUGUAUUACAAAUCUGCUGAAAUGUAAAAUUUCUGAAGUUUAAAUAUGAAAAUGAAACAAUAUGUAAUGCUAACUUUUGGUGAAUUUAGUAGAGAUCUACAGACGCAAAUAGACAAAGUAAUAAAACAACAAAAAAAGGGCAUUUUGGAUGUUUUCUUUCUACUAAUCUGAAAAAAGAAGACAAGUUGUAGAAGCAAAAUAGCCCAAUUUCUCAAAAUGAUCAAUUCAUGAAAAACAGUUAUUACUGCUGUUGGUAUAUCUUGUUAACUUCAGUCAGAACCAGACUAGCUUCCAGUCUUUAUGCUAAGCUAACUGGCUACAGAUGUAUCGAUCUUCUCGUGUAACUCUUGCAGAAAGCGAAUAAUCGUAUUUCCCAAAGCGUCAAACUAAUUCUUUCACUCUUGAGCACUUGUGAAAAUGAACACAAUUAAUCUUUGAGAUGCACUUAAAUCUUAAAUCUUUGGUAGAUGUGAGCAGGUUCAGCGUUUAGAGGAUAUUCUACACUUGUCGUUCACGUGUCAUCGUAUGUUAAAGCGUGUGUUCACUCUCUUCACUGAAUCAACACUACUGAGUCAUCGUCGUCUAACUCCACCUGCUGCUACGUCGUGUGCUCACCUUCCUCUCUCCUUACAAAGAGGGCUUCUGGUCAAGGACUCCGGGUGAGGUCCGCUCAGUACGGAGCAACGUGUAUGUAAAUAUAUAUAUGUAAUGGUAUCUUGUUUUGUUUUUGGAGAGGAGAGGCUAACUACGUUGCCCGUCGUCCGUCUCCCGGUUCUGAUCGUCGUGGGGCCUUCCUGGAGACACUCGUGGUCUCCGCUGAUGUAACCGUUACUUCUGAAUGUUUGCUGAAACAAGCAGCCGUUGGCAUUAAUCAAGUACAAAUCUAAUGGAUGUAAACAAUGUAUUUAAAAAUAAUAAUAAUCUGACUGAAUGUUAGUUUUGUGGGACCACAGGAGAGCCAGAGAGGACCACAGUGACGAGCUUUAAAGCUUCGGACGGAGCUUCUCCUCCAAUGAGGCGGCAGAUUGUGUUUAGUGGCCUACGGCUAGUUUUAUUUUAUUAUUUUUCUUCUUUGUUUUUUUUGUUUGUCAUGCUGUCCCUGUUCCACAUAUCCUGGGCGUUCCCACUCUGGAGUUUUAGUAGCCAUUCCCCAAUGGCGGACUCUGUAGCGAUUCUAAUGUCGGAUGCCUUGGUGAGAAU